AUGGCGGCGGCGGCGGCGGCGGCGCGGAGCCCGGCGGACGGGGCGGCCGCGGCCCCCUCGCCGCCGCCUUCGCCGCCGGCGCUGCCCGACGGGGCCGAGGAGCCGGACCCGGGAGAAGGGGACGACGCAGCGGCAGGACGGGCAGGCCCCAGCAGCCGCGCCGGGUUCCGGGUGACGGCGGUGCGGCGCGAGCCGGCGGUGCGGCUGCUGCACAGCGUGAGCGGCUCGGAGCCGCUGGCCUGGUCCGAGGACCACCGCGUGGCCGUCAGCACCGCCCGCAGCGUGGCCGUGCUCGAGCAGCUGAGCGACAUCCGCGGCGGCGGCGGCGACCUCGUCAUCCACCGCACGGCCGUGCCCGCCCCCGCCGCCGCCUGUCACCUCAAGGUCGGCUCCAAAAAGGAAGUUGCGGAAUGUAAAAAGAAGUUUGCGAGUUCGAACGAUCCAGCAGUGAGCCAGACAUUCAAGUUAGACAGAGUGUUCAAUCCUGAAGGGAAGUCCCUGUCCUCUAUGCGCGGCUUCAGAUACUGCAGCUGGUCUCCGCUGGGUUGUGAUGCAAAUGGCCGGUGUCUCUUAGCCGCUUUGACCAUGGACAGUAGACUGACCAUCCAUGCUAAUCUGAAUAGACUUCAGUGGGUGCAGUUAGUUGACUUGACUGAACUCUAUGGAGAGUGCCUGUAUGAAAACAGCUACAGGGUGUGUAAGACAGAGACUUCCCAGGAAGACCUAAGGGACUUCUCUGAAUUCCAGAGAAGACACAGGAUGCAGACCCCUGUCCGCAUGGAAUGGUCUGGCAUCUGCACCAUCCAGCAGGUGAAGCAUAACAACGAGUGCCGGGACGUGAGCAGCGUGCUCUUGGCCGUGAUCUUUGAAAACGGGAACAUUGCCGUGUGGCAGUGCCAACUUCCAUUCAUAGGCAAAGAAUCCAUCACGUCCUGCAAUACCAUCGAGUCAGGAAUCAGUUCCCCCAGUGUCUUGUCGUGGUGGGAAUAUGAGCACAAUAACAGGAAAAUGAGCGGACUGAUCGUGGGCAGCGCUUCUGGGCCCGUUAAGAUCCUCCCUGUCAACCUUAAAGCAGUCAAAGGUUACUUCACCUUGAGACAACCGGUGGUUUUGUGGCAGGAAAUGGAUCAUCUCCCGGUGCAGAAUAUCAAGAGCAUCCCUCUCUACCACCCCUAUCAGAAAUGUAGCUGCAGUUUAGUGGUGGCGGCAAGAGGAUGUUACGUCUUUUGGUGUCUUCUCUUGAUAUCCAAAGCCGGUUUGAACGUCCAUAACUCCCACGUGACCGGGCUCCACUCUUUGCCGAUUGUCUCCAUGACCGCAGACAAACAGAACGGAACCGUCUACACCUGCUCCGUGGAUGGGAAGGUCAGGCAGCUGAUUCCCAUCUUCACAGACAUUGCGCUGAAAUUCGAACACCAGCUGAUAAAGUUGUCGGAUGUGUUUGGCUCCGUCAGGAGCCACGGGAUCGCCGUGAGCCCGUGCGGCGCGUACCUGGCCGUCAUCACCACAAAGGGCAUGACCAACGGGCUCCACCCCACCACCAAAACCUAUCAGGUCCAGUUCGUCACCCUGAAAACGUUCGAGGAAGCAGCUGCGCAGUUGCUGGAGUCGUCCGUCCAAAGCCUUUUCAGGCAGGUAGACCUCACGGAUCUCGUCCGCUGGAAAAUCUUGAAAGAUAAGCACAUCCCGCAGUUUCUGCAGGAAGCUCUGGAUAAAAAGAUUGAGCGUUUGGGGUCCACGUACUUCUGGCGCUUUAAACUGUUCCUCCUACGGAUUUUGUACCAGUCGCUGCAGAUCCCCCCUUCUGAGCUAUUGUGGAGGCCCACACACGAGGACCCCAAGGUCUUAAUACCACAUUCCCCUGGAACAGGCGAUAGUGAGGAAGAGCAGUUGGAAGAGCAGCCUGCAGAGCAGGGCGGACAGUGUCUGAGUGAGGCACCCAAAGGAAGGGACUUGGAUGAGUCAGUGGAUAGCACCCAGUCAGUCCCCUCAACCAGUGGGGCCCAGGAGCAGAUGGAAGAGAAGCUGCUUGAGAUCCAGGCCCAAAUCGAAGCGGUGGAAAUGCAUUUGACCCGAGAGCACAUGAAGCAAGUGUUAGGGGAGGUCUACCUCCAUACUUGGAUUACGGAGAACACCAGCAUUCCAACAAGGGGGGUCUGUGAUUUCUUGAUGUCAGACAAAAGCUACGAGGACAGGACAGCACGGGUGCUGAUUGGGCACAUCUUAAAGAAGAUGAACAAACAGACAUUCCCUGAGCACUGCAGCUUGUGUAAAGAGAUCCUGCCGUUCACAGACAGCAAGCAGGCAGUUUGCUCCAACGGACACAUUUGGCUCAGGCCUGUCAGAGUCUGGCGUACAGAAGAUGUUUGCUUCGUGACAGCAUUGCUCGCCACUGCACUCCGGAAGAUCCUGAAUGGAUCCAGAAGUUACUGCAGGGGCCUUGUACUUUCUGUGACUCUCCUGUUUUCUAGAGGAUGGGUCAAGAUGAUGAGCUUGAAGCAGCAUUCCCUAGUGGCCAAAGCACCGUCCAACGUUGGAUCUGCACGAAGGCUCUCACUCCAACCUGUAAAUUUUCAAAGGGGAAACUUGAACUAGAGAAGCCCAUCCCCCUUCCAAGAGAUGCAAAGGCCUUUUCUUACGAAAUCCCACCAUCACCGUUUUCGAAAUGCUUCUGAACUCUAUUCGGAUUCAAUGUCGGUUGUUUUUGACAGUGAGGAUCUGGGACCUUUUUGUUCCACAAAGGAAUGCUUUUGUUGGAGCAAAGCUGGUUGCUCCACUGAGCAGGCACUGCUUGAUGGACUGGUGCAUCAUUGACUCUGACGCUUCCCUUCCUUAACGUCUAAUGAACGUUGGCACUUAACCGAACCAGCGACAAUUAAAUUAUUACAAAUAAUGUAUGGGUUUUUGAACUGUGUCAGAAGGACUUGCAUGCCUGUAGUCAGCGAAGAAAAGUACCCAUUUUGUCCUUUACUAAGAUUGAGCAAACCUGUUCUAGACUCCUUUCAAGAACUUCCAGGCAGCUAAAAUCCCUCAGAACCAACUACAGGGAGCUUAGUUUGAAAGCGAAUCGCACCUGCUUGUAAUAUUUUAAGCAUCAGUAUUUUUACUCUGAUUUCCUCGGCUGCUGUCAGUAAUUCUCCCACCACCCCUUCUCACAUGUUCACCUCCAAAUUUGGGCUGCUUCUCUCAUUUAGCAAGAGUUUUGUCUAUCACCUGUCAGGAGUUGCCCCUUUUUCUCCAGUUUCGGGAUGGCAAAAUCCUUGUCGCUUCCGGUCCCUUUGAAAAUCAACCAGACGUAAUAGAGCAUUCCCCCAAGGCACGCGUGGCAGUUCUGCCUGUCUCCUUAAUCCCUUCAGGCUGCAGGGCAAAGAGGACCUUGUUCAGCCUUUAUCAUGAUUGUUACUUUAAAUAUUCCUGCCGCAAAUAGGAAAUGCCUACGUUCCCCCCACCCCACCCCGUUGGAUUCCUUUCAAGGAGAGAAGCACUUUUGUUGUGAUUGUUUUAAUCGGGCGAGCAUUGCAGUCUGAAUAUGGUGUGACCUGUGGUUUUCCCCUCUUGUUCCUUGACCUACAUGUCAGCAACUCUAUGGAGCGUGUCAUUUGUUUCACACGAGCAUGGAAAAGUCUCUGCAGCUCAACAGUAUGAAUUGAAUCCAGCCUGAUGCUUUCUGAUGUCUCUGAUGAGUUGGUCUUGAUGGUUGUGAACCUCCUGAAGUUACUGAUGCCCCCAAGAUAACAAGAGGACGUUGAGAUUCCAGGCUAUGACCUCUAGUCCAGCCGCCUUGGCCAGCCACCCUGGGAACUGAGUCAAGGUAACAAGAAGGCAUCGAGUUUUCUGCUUUGGUCCAGAGAUUUGCCUGCAAGAUGUCCUGCAUCCGUAUUCCAAUAAUUGAACAACAUCUUGUUGAGUUUAAACUGAGUGUGAAGUUGAUCUCCCAUCAAAACAUUUUUGGUGGCAAAAGGUGGGAAACCGCCACAGCGAAUCCAAGUCUACCAGUGCUGCACGACCACCUUCAUCGUCCCCGGCAGCACAGCUUACCGCAGUGACAGAUGUUCCCUUUGGAGGGAAGACCAGACUGGGCUGAGGGGGCCAAUGGUUGAAAAUACAGAUUGGUUGCGUUUUCUAUGCCCUUGUUUGUCCUGCUGGAAGUACGUAGCUCUGUUGAGGGAGCGGGAAGGGCUUUUGCCAACAAUCCUCUUUUCCUUGCUUUGUCAGAGCCAUUCACAGCGAUCCUACUGAGAACACCUAAUAGGAUGCAUUAGACAGUACUGGGUUAAUUGGAUUAAACAGCAUAAAAGGCUAAUUAAAUAUUGAACGAAAUGUUCUUUGCUGGGGUAAGAUGAGGAAGCAAGGAGCUGCCUUACCGUCAGUCAACGCUGCUAAAGAAAGCCCAAUUGCCCCUGGGGGGGCACUGAGGGGGGGAAGGCUGGAACACACAUGCCAGCUGCAGCGCCCAUUUGGCCCCAAAGUUGGCAUUGGUUCUUGUUUAGGAUCCUAAAGUAUCUAGGUUUCCUAGUUGCCGGGCUUCUUAGAGCAGGGCCCAAUCAAGGAAGCACGAAUCCCACAGAUUUCAGUAAAAAGCUUAAAUGCAAGGAUUGGGGGUGAGGUUGAGGAUCUUGCAGUAAGGAGGCAGAGAUUCUUCAAGCAUUUCAGAGCUGUUCUUGGGUUUCCUGCAGCUGCCCUGAGUUGCUGUUUAUGAAAUAAGGUGCUAACAAACUCGGCUCCCAUCUGUCGAUUUGUUUUUAUCUAGAGUUCUCUUUCUUUCCCAGCCUGCUUAUCUCUAACACUAUUUUUUUUCCUCCUAAAUGCCUUAACACAAGGAAGGAGAAAGUUAUUUCUUUAUUAUUUCAAUGUCAGCGGCCACCCAUCUCAAAUAUAUAACUCUAGGUGGCUUACAGCAAUUUAAAAAAAACUGUAUAAAAAGGACAAGAGCAAUAUAAAAACCACAUUUAAAAAAAUGUAUCAAAAACCCUGUUUUCCUGUUAGCCCAAGCCAUCAGAGGAGAGGACCACCCCUUUCUUCUCAGAACCAAACGAGAGAGGAUCCUGAAUAGAUUCUGUUUUUCAGCUGCCUUGAUCUGAAUCUCCCUUAAGAUCAUCCAUCAAGGCUGUUUAUAGGAUACAUUUCAAUUAAGUUGAAGAAUUUCUCCUAGGGGAAUUGCCAUUUACACUGGGCCAUUUCUGAAAAGGUCCUCCAAGAUAGCAGAGGUACCCAGGCUCCUAAAAUAUUACUGAGCAGGCCGUGAGCAAGUUUUGCUUCUCUGGAGAUCCGUAAGAGAGAGAACAUUUAUCAUUCAGCGUGUUAACAUUUCUUUCGAAGAGAAUUGAAAAUCAAAGGCCAAGUACCAUCAUCCUUCAAAAGCCCCAAGCUUCAAGCAGCGGGAUAAAAUCUAAAUUCCCCGCCAGUUCCCACUACCGCCUUACCAACUAAUAAGGUUCUGAAAUUCCACGGGUGUUUGAACUUACAAGAAUAGUAAGAAUCGGGUCUUUGCUUGGCCAGUCCGAUGGCCCUUCCAUCAUGGGAGUCUGCAAGGACAACCUCUUUACAAGUUGUCAGAGAAAGUAAAACGGAGGGGAGAGAUUAACAAUGAUCCAGAAGCAAGCCGCCAGAGUGAUAAGAAUCUCUGGAGUGGAUCAUUUUGCAGUCCUUUUGGUAUAGAUUUCCUUGUUCCCUCCUAGCCCUAUUUGGAAGGCCAAACAGAUUUCCAGCCCCUCCUCCUGCCUGUGUUUGAAGCUUAGGGUGAACACACAACUUUGUCCCUCUGGAAUUAAAGUCAGUUAAAAUCCUAAGACACCGUGUUAAUGUACUUGAUUAAUCAUGGCUUUUCGUUCUAUGCAUUGUGGGAAUCCGCCCCAUCCCACGUAAAAAACAUCUCACCAGCCCCGACCUGUUCCAGGCUUCCAGAGUCUUUCUCUGCUGAUCUGAUCAUUUCUGGGUUCUUUGAAACACUUCCACACCUGAAUCUAGUCAGGCUUUUUGUCUGUUGUUUGAAAAAGAAAAGCAACAAAACAAAACUGGUGUGUUGCGAAGAACACAUCCUGUUGCUAGCCCGCCCAAGUCUAGGCAGCGUUACGAAAAAUUCCGGGUUCUCUGUUCCCUUGGAGAUGGUACUUGAUCACGAACGUUAAUGAUGGCUUUCUUUUUUUUUAAUAGGUGUGAAAUAUAGUUGGAUAAUGUGUUUUGUCUACUGUCACAGCCUCUCUGUUACAUGAAGCUCCUUGUGAAUAAAGCAAUGCACAACUUUCCCGGCGUCUGCAUUAACGAAUGGGCAGCAGAGUUGGCUUCCCUGUUGUGUAAUCACCAUAAAGGGUGGAAUGCCCAGUGCGAUUGUUAUCUAGAUAGUGGCCCCAUGUAAGCCAAACCCUGAGGAAUUCUGACCCUUUUCAGAGAAAAGAAAUGAAUAAAGACCUACCUUUCCCAGUGGCU